AUGUCACGGCUUAUGGAGCGCCUUGCUAUCUUUGCGCCUCUUCAAACAAUGAUAUGUUGGCUUGCACAGCCUACACCAGAGAGACGCGCGCGCCUUUGCGAGGAUUACGCACCGCGCGAGUGCCAGCUGACAACUCCCCACCCCCAAUGGCUUGACCUAGUCCUUUGGGGCUCUCUGCGCGAAGCUGCUAUAAAGCGACAAGAUCUCUACGCUACAGACGAGUUUCAGAGGAUCUACUUCGACUCGCUACGCCUUGUCGAUUGGCCUUACCAACCGCUAGAGAGCCUAGUCACGGAUUCCCAGACGGGCCAUGUUGGGCUCACAGACGCUCUUACGGCCCAUGCCAUGAACGGGUCCAGUUGGCGUCUCAAUGAGACGUUUACGCAGCGGUACCCUGAGCUUUCUGGCCUAGUGGCCCUAGAG